AUGCACUCGGUCGGGUUGGAGCAGAGUCUCAAGAAAUACGAGUCCGACACCAACCACAGCCUGCGCACAGAUACAACAGCCCCGAAUUUCACAAAAGAUCUAGAGAGGUUCAAAGCAGAAGUACGCGAGGCAAACGCUGAGUUUCAUACUCAGCAAGGUGCAUCAAUAUGGCCUUCUAUAUCUCGCAUAUUGCAGCCAUUCGAUAGUCUGGGGGUAGCGACGAGCUCUGCCAUCUCACUUACCCCCUUUGCCCCAGCAGGCUUGAUUCUUGGUGCAACUCUACACUUGGUCAAGGUGGCAAAUCAAGCGAUCGAUGCGUACAGUGGAAUCGGUGACGUUCUUUCCGAUAUUGCCGGCGUGAUGGAUUGCUUGACCAUUCAUGGUGAAGCUAGAACCAUCAGACCAGAGGCGAGAGAGGUAAUUGAAAAUAUGAUGGGUGUGAUUAUAGAGAUCCUUGGUCUGGCAAGCAAAGUCAUUGGAGACACCAAGAAGAAGCGCCACAUUGCCAAGCAAUAUAUUCUACCGCCGUUAUUGAGCAAGGGAACUCCGAUUGAAAUGAAAAUGGAGGCAUUGAAAAAGAUGCAACAGCACCAAAAUAGCUUAUCUGUGGUUGUGAUGGGGAACGGACUUCAGGACCUUGCGAGUAAACUGAAUGAGGAUGAGCAGGAGAAACGGCUCGACAAAAUUCUUCAGGGGGAGCUGUUGGACACGAUGAAACGAAUUCAUUAUAGGAUCACAAGCUCCGCGAAGGACGGGAUCAAUGCAGAUUGGGUUGCCGAUGAGCCCGAGGUACAGCGUUGGAUAAGUCUCCAGCAGCGAGGCAGUAAGAGCGCUAUGAUCUGGCUCAAGAGCGAGCAAGGAACGGGGAAGACUUACGCUGCAUCCCACCUCAUACGGAGACUCUACAAAGAGGACCGCAGCAUCACGACCUACUUUUAUGUCCAACGCCACGAGAAAGGAGAUUACCUGGCGUCGUCCAUUUUGGCAUCCAUUGCAUUGCAGCUUCUCAAGAAGAGUGAAGGGUUCAGAAAGCUAGCUAUCGAGGUGCUGAGCGACACAAAACUGGAGCUAAACGCAGACACCCUGUGGAAAAAGCUAUUUGAGCCAUUUUCGAAAAGCCAUCGACGUUGGCGAACAUUCAUUGUCAUCGACGGUCUUGAUGCAGCUCCACCCCUAGAGCAGGACAUUCUACUGUCCAAGCUGAAAUCACUCCAAACGUCUAAUUUCAAAGGGAGACAUCUGUUUCAUGUUGCCAUCUUUGCCAGACCAACUUUGUCGUUAAGACACAACAUCUGGACCGCAAAACGCAGCGUCUUUCCCAUCCCUGAAGACAAAAUCCGGAAAGAUGUGGCCAAGUUCAUCGACAGUAAGCUAAAGCGAAUACCUCUGUUCGGAGAGUUAACAACGGAUGUUCAAAAUGAGACAAUUGAUCAUUUACGAAAGGACAUUAACACCGAUUUCUCGUUAGCUGAACUGGUUGUAACUGAGGCCCAGGCCUACACCACUCCCACUCAGUUACUCUCAUUUCUGAAACUUCCAGUCUCUCAAGAUAUUGCACAUCAUGUACGCGAAAUUUUGGAACUAGUUGAUGCCACCAUCUACACCAAACAAAACUGGAAAGCCACUUUGCAAUGGAUAGCGUGCGCAUACCGCAUGCUCACAGUCAAUGAGGUACUCUUCGUUCGCCAUGCCGAUCUCAAUGACAACACUCUUAAAUUGCCAGAAGAGGUCCCGUCGAAAGAUUUGGAAAUAGAGAACCAAAGAAUCUUCACUUUCACCUCUGAAUUUUCUGUCUCUCCUACCGAAUCAACUUUGGUUGAGCUCAGUAAUGGCUUUGUACGCGAUUAUCUGGUGCAAGAAGAUCAUAUCAGGCUGAGCGAUUUCGACAGUGAGUAUGCCGUUCACAAAAGCAGUGCCCAUGCAGCUAUUGCCGAAGUAUGCCUGCAGCGACUUCUCAAAGAUGAGCCCAAGCAUGCAAGGGCUACAAAUCCAGAUAUUAUCGCAUAUGCAGCGGACUAUGUCAUCGACCACUUCCGCGCUGUGAGGAGAGAUGCCGUUCUAGAAUCCAGGAAGAAGAGAGGCCUGGCGAGACAAAUUCGGCAACUUCUCGAGACUCCCUCGGCUAUUCGGCGCUGGUACAACUCGAUAUCCAAAGGAAGACUCCUAGACAUAAUUAAACUGCUGCUCGCUGACGAUGAGGUGCUGGAGAGAAUCAAACAAUGGGAGCACCCAGAGUCGAAUAUUUCCCCUCGCACUUUAUACGCAACUUUCGCUCGGUUUUGUAAGCAAGAAUGGACUCAAGGUUCAAACAUGAACACUGAGUUUGAGAUUUUGUUUCUAUACCGUUAUAACCGAUUGGAAGAUCUACCGAGCUCCGUUCGAACCGAUAGAUUACCAACUGGAAUUGCCGGACUCAGCAGCGACGAGGUCAUGUAUCUAGCCAGCAACGCCGUGAGCGAAGGGGAUACCGAACCAACUCAAAAUUCCAACUGGCAUGUGCGUGUCGCAACCGUUUUGAUGGACGCGAAACACGUAAACGAAGCUCGGGUGCAUUUUAGUAAUGCUGAAGCAAAGGAUCCAGCCAACUGGAUGGCCAAGAACGGACUGGCCUUAGCUUUUGCGGCCGAUGGUGAUACCCGGAAUGCUAUCAAAAAGGCAUCGGAGGCGCUGGAAUGUGACCCCAAGCCAGAUACGACAUGUCAGAGUAACAUCUACUUCAAUCUGUAUGGUUGGCAGAUGGUGCGUGGAAGGAGCUCUGACGCUAUCAACUCUGCGAAACAAGCGCAUGAGCUUGACCCACUAGAUUUCGAAAAAAUGGCAACCUACUUUUCAGCCCUCGGGAGGGCAAGGAAGUGGAACACGCUUUGGAAGCUUUGUGAAAACCUUCACAGUUCAAAGUCAAGGCCCAGUGACUUGGUAAAGCUAUUGCUGGGCUGGGAAGAGGGGCAUGAUAUGUUCACCCAGAUGGCUGGAACUGAUGAGAACUGCCGCCGUUUCCCUGAAAAGGUUUUCCAUUCCUUGGUUCAGACAGCAAAACAAGAAGAUGAUGUCCCGGGGUCGGUUUGGGAGGAGUUUCAACGAGGACUGUUCUUUUCCCGCCAUGCACCUAGUGGCGAAGAACAUUUGCGUAUCUGGGAAGCACUAUCCCCUCAGCCUGAAUCCGAAGGUACAGAUCGCUACGCUCAGCAGCUUCAAUGUCGAGGUCUUUCCGAUGUCUACUACCAAAAUGCGGUCCAAUCAAAGUCCAAACGGGACACACAGAAGUGGGUCGCAAAGCUCGAGACUUUAGCUGGAGUACCAAGCGGGUCCUCCACUCCCAACAGAAACAUGGAAGACAGAGCAGAGGCAGCCAUGAUGCUCGGUCGUUGGAGACGCAAACGAGAAAGCGUCAAACGCAAUGAAUUUAAACCGCUCUUCCGACCACAAAUCUGCCAGGGGAUCCAAAUUCUUGAAGAUGAUGAUCCACUGAACGAUUCAGAUGGGUAUGCGAUUCUUGCAAGAGCUCUUCUCCUUGCAGGGGAUCAGGCCGACGCGUUGAGAGUCUUUGCGGCAGGACUUCUUCCACUAAGGACUAGAAUACAAUGGACCGAGGAAAAUAAUGAUGCGAUAGAUUCCCAAGUUCGUCAGACUAUCGAAUCCGUGCCAAUACCAUUCCACUGUCACGGUCAACUAGGCUGUGAACCGGAUAAGUGGCUCGCCUUCUACGUAUGCAGGGACUGCCUGGACAAAUCGUACUGUGUGACAUGUCUGACAGGGAGCUCCAAGCGGGUCUGCGACCCAUCCCAUGGCAUGGUCCAAGUUUAUCUCAAGGGACGGGUUACCGGCGAGCCUAUGGCUAAAUUGCGAGGAAGUUUGCUGGAGGUUGACAAGAAGUGGUUGAAGAGGUUGAAAGAGAAGUGGGAUAUCACGGAUGACACGAAACCUACCAGUUCGUUUCCCACUCCUAACAUCAUUCUGAAUAGUCAGCAAAGAAGAAAAUCCGUCCGCUGA